GCUGGAUAGUGCAGCGAUCCUCACAUCUGAGUGUUGCUGUAGGAGUCAGCACACGGUAUGGGUGGAGAAUGCGGAGGGCAAGCCAGAGUUACGAUUAAGGCUGCCAGGCUAUCAUAAGCGAGAUGGCCCACCUAUUGUGAAGACACUGGAUUACAUGGGUAUCGUGCUGUGCUACUCCUCCUACGAGGAGCUUACCAUGACCAAGCGACUGGGGGUGGCGCAGGGCAGCUUUGACCGCCUCCGCAAAAUCUUGCACAAUCGACGGGUUCUCACCAUACCACAGCGACUCAAGCUUUGGCAAACCAUUGUAUUACCUGCUGCCACAUAUGGUUUAUUGAUUACGGGGCUCACCAAUGUGAGCAUGGAACGCUUUCAUGGCAUGAUGCUUCGUCACAUACGCUCUAUCUCGAACAGUCCACUGCACAUUCAUAGAGAGUCCAACUGGGACUUGGGGGUAAGACUUGGCAUAGAUCUCCCUGUACAUUACCUCAAGAAGCUGUGCACAGGUCGAAUCCAGAAGCUUGCACACCAAUUGCAGCAUUCGUCGGAUGCCAUGAUGAAUCACUUCACUUUGGACCAGAUGCUCAAGCGCACUGCAGGCCAGCUGACUCAGCUGGAGCUGAAGUACCAACCGAGCCAAUCUGGGGCCACACCCUCAGCAGGCCUUUCAGGGGAGUCUUUUAAGUGCAAAGAGUGUGACAGGACCUUCACCACGCAGGCCUCUUUGCGGCAGCAUGUCAGCAAGGUGCACACCGGAAAGAAAAAGACCACUAUUUUGCUUUCGGAUGAGAAUGCGGAGUGCCGCCAACAUGCAAAAGACGGCAUGCCUAUCUGUAAGCACUGUGGUGAAGAGUUUCGGCGCUGGAGUGGCCUGAAGCGCCAUAUUACACUUGAUCGCUGCAGCGUUUAUCGGUUGCAGUCAGCAGAGGGUCGAGGAGCUCAGUCAGGUGACGCACAGGCUGGGGCGGAGCCAUCACACCAGCCACCAGUGGUUUCUCAAGCCGAGUUUCAAAAAGAAUUCACUGCAGGUGGUCUACAGGACUUGUGGACUCGAUACGGGUCUCGAGCUGAGAAGCUUGCCGAUCUGCCACCACCCUCCCAGAGCGAGCUUCAGAUGUAUGGAGCGUUUUGGGGGCCAUCGAAACGCAAGGAAGAACCCAACCACACGGAGGCCGAGGAACAGACGCAGAACAAACAUCCCAAACUGCAGAUCGACGCCAAGUCCUCGGCACCGGCACCGAAGAGAUCAGCCAAACCAGGCAAGGGACAGGGACACAAUGCUCAGAAGGAUCGCUCAAAGCCGAGCGCAGGGCACAAUCCCAAGAUGGACCAGAUGUUCAUCAUGAUGGUGCGACUUCUUUUGCGCCACGAAGACGCCCUUGCCCUGAGCAGGGCGGACCAGGGAUAUUGCCUUUUCCUUCGCACGGCGGAGACGCCCGGAGACCAUCGUACGAGGCAGCCGCUGAGAGUCAUCUUGCUCAGCCUGGUCAUACAGGAGCUGUGCGAUCGCAUCCAAAAGAUCGUAAACGACCCCGACCUCCUCGAGCAGGCCAAGGCAAAUCAGAUGGUGGUCCUUCAACAGGACAAACCAUACUGGAACUACUUGGGGUACGACGUGAGGAACAACAAGGAAACGGUGGAUGCGGACACAUCCCCGAUGGAGCACGAUCGAGUGGUGCGGCGCCUUCAAGAUCUACGCCAGAGCUGCACCGCGGACAUGAUCCUGCGCUUCCACAGUCACCGACCUCUGGAGGAGAAGAUGGACAAGGACGUAGUGUUGAUGGUCUUGGAGGUGUCAGCCACCAGCAAGGACGCUCACAUUAUGCACUCACAACUCCGCGACCUGUGUCACAAUGCAGUCUUCAAGCUCAUAGGUGGCAGACUACGCAGAGAGCGGAUUCAGCGCUCCCCACUGGCCAUCAAGUUGGCGGAGCUCCUGGACUGA